AGGGGCGGGGAAUCGGAGCUAGUAACAGCGGCACCGCCCAGCGGGCUCUGAGUUCCGCUACCUGUUGGGAAUCCUUACCUCGAGCCCAUCCGCGACCCCGCGCCUCUCCGAGACUGGAGUCUCGCUUGCCAAGGUCCCCGGGCCAGCCUCGUCAGACGCCGCCCUGGCACUCAAGCUCCGGGUUUUCCAGGAGGGUUCCGAGCACUCCGGUUGGGUCUUCGCUUCUGGAACGGAGGGCCCGCGCGAGUGCUGGGCUGUGGUCGCGGAAAUGAAAGCGGGUAGCGGAUACACAGCGCUAGAUCAGGUCGAGUGGGUAUAGAGGCCCUCGCCCGGGCAGCGGGGGUGAGGGGGCGGGGCCGGCGAGGGGCGGUCCCUUCUCUGCCCCGCCCUCGAUCGCCUACGAAACGGGGACCGGAUCACAUCGGCGUGGGAGGCAGCCGUGCUAGUAGUUCCGCUCUGAAGACGGAAGUACGGGCUCUGGGUUCGGCAGCUGACGGUUCAGCAGCAUGGUGCCCACUGUGCUGGAGACGUCUCACGUGUUUUGCUGCCCUAAUCGGGUGCGAGGAGCCCUGAGCUGGAGCCCUGGGCCGGGAGGACUUCUGGCCUUUGGCACGUCCUGCUCCGUCGUGCUCUAUGAUCCUCAGAAAAGAGUUGUUAUUACCAACCUGAAUGGUCACACUGCUCGAGUCAACUGUAUACAGUGGAUUUCUAAACAGGAUGGUUCUCCUUCUACUGAAUUAGUUUCUGGAGGAUCUGACAAUCAAGUGGUUCACUGGGAAAUAGAGAAUAAUCAGCUUUUAAGAGCAGUCCAUCUGCAAGGACAUGAAGGACCAGUUUAUGCAGUGUGUGCUGUAUACCAGAGGAGGGCAUCAGAUGUCCCAUUACAUACACUGAUAGUUUCUGCAGCUUCUGAUUCUGCUGUUCGAAUUUGGUCUAAAAAGGAUUCUGAAGUAAUAUGCCUUCAGACCUUGAACUUUGGAAAUGGAUUUGCUCUGGCUCUCUCCUUAUCUUUUUUGCCUAAUACUGAUGUACCAAUAUUAGCAUGUGGCGAUGAUGACUGCAAAAUUCACUUAUUUGUUCAACAGAAUGAUCAGUUUCAGAAAGUGCUUUAUCUCCGUGGACAUGAGGAUUGGAUAAGAGGCGUGGAAUGGGCACCUUUUGGUAGAGAUCUUUUCCUAGCAAGCUGUUCACAAGAUUGUCUGAUAAGAAUAUGGAGGCUGUAUAUAAAAUCAGCAUCUUUAGAAACACAAGAUGAUGAUAAUAUAAGACUGAAGGAAAACACUUUUACUAUGGAAAAUGAAAGUAUUAGAAUUGCAUUUGCGGUUACUCUGGAGACUGUGCUAGCUGGUCACGAAAAUUGGGUAAAUGCAGUUCAUUGGCAAGCUUCAUUUUACCAAGAUGGAGUUCUACAGCAGCCAAUGAGAUUGUUGUCUGCCUCAAUGGAUAAAACCAUGAUUCUCUGGGCUCCAGAUGAAGAGUCAGGAGUUUGGCUAGAACAGGUUCGAGUAGGUGAAGUCGGUGGGAAUACUCUGGGAUUUUAUGAUUGCCAAUUCAAUGAAGAUGGCUCCAUGAUCAUUGCACAUGCUUUCCAUGGAGCAUUGCACCUUUGGAAGCAGAGUAAAGCGAACUCAAGAGAGUGGACUCCAGAGAUUGUCAUUUCAGGACAUUUUGAUGGUGUCCAAGACCUAGUGUGGGAUCCAGAAGGAGAGUUUAUCAUCACUGUUGGUACUGACCAGACAACUCGACUUUUUGCUCCAUGGAAAAGAAAAGACCAAUCACAGGUGACUUGGCAUGAAAUUGCAAGACCUCAGAUACAUGGAUAUGACCUGAAAUGUUUGGCGAUGAUUAGUCGGUUUCAGUUUGUAUCUGGAGCAGAUGAAAAAGUUCUUCGAGUUUUUUCUGCACCUCGGAAUUUUGUGGAAAAUUUUUGUGCCAUUACUGGCCAGUCACUGGAUCAUGUGCUUUGUAAUCAAGAGAAUGAUCUUCCUGAAGGAGCUACUGUCCCUGCUUUGGGAUUAUCAAAUAAAGCUGUCUUUCAAGGAGAUAUAACUUCUCAGCCUUCUGAUGAAGAGGAACUGUUAACUAGUACUGGUUUUGAGUAUCAUCAAAUGGCCUUUCAACCCUCCAUACUUACUGAACCUCCCACUGAGGAUCAUCUUUUGCAGAAUACAUUGUGGCCUGAAGUUCAAAAACUAUAUGGACAUGGUUAUGAAAUAUUUUGUGUUGCUUGUAGCAAUUCAAAGACUCUGCUUGCCUCAGCAAGUAAGGCAGCUAAGAAAGAGCAUGCAGCUAUCAUUCUUUGGAACACCACAUCUUGGAAACAAGUGCAGAAUUUAGUUUUCCACAGUUUGACUGUCACACAGAUGGCCUUCUCACCUAAUGACAAGUUCUUACUAGCUGUUUCCAGAGAUCGGACCUGGUCAUUGUGGAAAAGGCAGGAGAUAGUAUCACCUGAGUUAGAGCCAGUUUUCAGUCUAUUUGCCUUCACCAACAAAAUCACUGCUGUGCAUAGUAGAAUUAUUUGGUCUUGUGAUUGGAGUCCUGAUGGCAAGUAUUUCUUCACAGGGAGUCGGGACAAAAAGGUGGUCGUCUGGGGUGAGUGUGACUCCAGCGAGGACUUCAUCGAGCACAGCAUUGGCCCCUGCUCCUCAGUCCUGGACGUAGGUGGGGCUGUGACAGCCGUCAGCAUCUGCCCAGUGCUUGACCUUUCCCAACGUUACAUUGUUGCAGUAGGAUUAGAGUAUGGAAAGAUUUGUUUGUACACCUGGAAAAAAACGGAUCAAGUUCCAGAAAGGAAUGACUGGACCCACUGUAUAGACACAAGUCAAAGCCAAAGUCACACACUUGCUAUCAAAAAAUUAUGCUGGAAGAAUUGUAAUGGAAAAACUGAACAGAAUGAAGCAGAAGGCUCUGAAUGGUUACACUUUGCAAGUUGUGGUGAAGAUCAUACUGUGAAGAUACACAAAGUUAAAAGAUGUGCACUGUAAUGGACUUUAAUACAAGUAUCUUAAGGAAUACAGUUCUUGAUGUAUUAAAAUAUUUAUCAUGUAAAUAGAUAACCUUUCUUUACCUUCAUAAUUUAAUUGAGCAUUUUUAAGCAGUAGCCCUUAUUUGGGUCAUGGACAGUUUGAAAAUCUGGUAAAAGCUGUGGACCUUUUGCUCAAAAUUAUAUUCUCACACCCACUCAGAACUUUGUGCAUACUUUCAGAGAUUUGUGGACCUAUAGGUCUGCAUCCAUCGAUCCCAGAUUAAGAACCUCUGUUCGUCCUUAUUCAUGACCAGAUUUUUCUAAUUUUGUGUUAUUUUUGGUCUUCUCUUUUCAUGUGCCCCUCUUUCGGAAAUGUCAGUAUUUAUUACUCUCUUCAGAAGGCAGACUUAGAAAAUAAAAAGAGGAAAUCCAGCUUA